AUAAGGAAGUUGAAAUAUACAAAUAUUUGUGCAUGAUGAAUGCUUAUAGCUAUUCGUGGAGUUUUGCUUUAUAUUUACUUUCAUUUGAAGCAUAUUCCAUAGCAAAUAUAUUGACAACCUCUUCUGACAAGGCUACUACUGGAAUCGACUUUAGUUUCAGUUGCAAUUUUUUUUCAUACGAGAACAUUGUGGCUAUAUAUAGAGAUACCAUACGCGAAUGCCGUUUUCGAUUACCUUGCAGAUUGUAUAGUAAUAAUCUAAACUAUACUUGUACUUGUAACGAUACCACCAUCAUUUUGACGAUACCUGGAACAUUUGAUAUAGACAACUUACAUGGAUCUCAAUGGAAAUGUUCCGGUGUGUAUGGAAGCAGUAAUUUUGACACGGUGAUGUUAUAUGUCAAUGUUCCGAUUAAACAAGUCAGUUUAAAAGCUAUUCCAAAUGAUAUUAACCCAACAGACAUUUUGUCCGGUUCAAGCCAACAUUUUGCUUGUACAACUGAUGCUGGUCGACCGUCAUCAAGAAUACAUUGGUAUAUCUCUGGUGUCAACAUAACUGAUGAUGCUAUUGUUCAGAAGGAUAAAUGUAAUCCUGGAUGUAAUAGCAAAAUGAUAUCAUCAAGUGUUUUAAUAUACAUCGGCAAUAUCACUGACACUGGGAAGACAAUUUACUGCACAGCUGCUAAUGUAGACGCAGAAGGUGUCCGAUCACAAGAUAGAGAAAUUAAUAUUUUAUUCAAACCAGUCAUCUUAGAAAUACCAGAUUACAAUAUCACAGAGGGGAGUAAUCUGAAAAUUACCCCUACUAUUGAUGCUAAUCCAGAUCCUAUAUCUGUAUGGUGGACACAUCAAAAUAAACCAGAAUUCAUUUAUUAUGGUACGAAUUUUACGAUAAGUAGCAUUCAAAGAGGGUCAAGUGAUAGCUACACUUGUCAUGCUAUGAACACUAUAACAGCACCGGGACAUCCCACAGGGAACAGGACAUCAGAGGAAAUAUUUUAUGUCAAUGUCCAAAUGUUACAAAGGCAUGAAGAUUCAAUCAAUGCUACUGCAGUUGGUCUAGGAACAGGGAUUACUGUUAUCAUUUUUAUAAUCGGAAUUACCAUUUUAAAUCUUUUUCUGUACAGAAAACGUCGAAUGUCUAAGACAAAAGAACAGAGCAACAGCAGAGUAUAUGAAACAGAAUUAAACAAGUCAAGACGAACGCCACAGACAGACAAUCAUUUCUAUAAUGAGUUAGAAGAUAUUGAAACGGAUGAUAAACAACCACAAAAGAUUCCAGAAAGAAGCUCGAACUCUUAUAAAGAUUUUUGUGAAGGAACGAGCAAUACAGCUGGUAAAAUUUACGAAAAUAUGAAAAAAUCAGACAAAGAAAUACAAAUACAAUACAGGGAAACAGCAUUAUAUGUGAACAUGGACCUAUAGCCUUUUACAAAUUACUAAUUUUACAGGUGUUUCUAGUUGUUUAUAUUCUCUUCAACUUAUUAUCCAAACUUAUCUGAUUGGGUUCCAUUAAUAAAUCCUCCAGAACUAGAAAUUAAAGAAAUAACAGACACGGCUUCCUCAGCCUCAAUUUUAGACUUAUACCUCGAAUUUGACAUCAGCGGUCAUCUCAUCUCAGUACCUGAAUCUAUGACAACGAGACGAUUUUAAUUUUGAAAUUAUCAAUUUCCCCCAUCUUAGUAGCAAUAUACCAACUUCACCUGCAUAUCGCAUAUACAUUUCCCAACUCAUUCGGUAUUCAACAGCUUGCAGCUGCUACCCAGACUUUAUAAAACGUCACCAGUGUCUGAGCAAAACGUUGAUGAACCAGGGUUAUGUUUAAGAAUGUCUCGUCCAUAAAAACGUUCAUCGGCAGAUACCAAGACCUUGUUGAUAAAUAUUCCGUAUCAACUUAACAAAUAAUACAUGACGGUCUUGAAGUAUACAUUCUAGGUACUGACGUUGUUUAUUAUCUAAAUUACGUGUUAUAGGGUUCUUUUUUGUCUUUGUAAAUUAUUUACCUUUAAUGUUUAAUCCAUUUUUGGUAAUAUUCUUUUUGCGUGGCUCAGUACUUAUACAUCCCGCCAUUGUGUUAUUGUGCUAUGGUCAUUUUUUGUAUUGUUUUCUCUCAUUUUUCCUUAUGUGGUUUGUCUAUAUGCCAUUUUGUGUUUCUUUGUUAACAUAUAUGUUUGUUUUUUAUAGGGAUUACGAUUAUAACACAAUGUUGACUGCUGUGCUCCUAUUUUUGACAUUUUUACCUAUUAUGUCUGUUUGUUUUGUUCACACAUUGUUGUCUUUUCUUUUGAGUUCGGUAUUUUUGUUAUUUUACUUUUUAUGCAGUCGGUAUCUAAAGAAACAAUACAGAUAUGGACAAUAUCGCUUUGAAAAUGAUGAAUAAAUAAUAGAUUACAAAGAACAUUGAGGACAAUAGAACAAAAAUGUGACUAAAGUAUAGGGUAUGUUUCGCUGUUCCUAAGAAGGUUAAUCGGAUCCAAUUACAUCACCACAAUUGAAUAAGGACGCGGUUUUUGCAAUUCUUUAUGAAAUUUUAAUGAUGUUAUGCAUAGUUUUUCUACUAAAAUACAUUUUACAACGAACAUUUUGUGUAUGAAUUUUCUAAAACUGGAUUAUAACGAAAACCUUUGUAUUUAAGGAAGACUU